GAUAAGGAGAGAGACCCAACCCAGAGAAACUAAAACUUAGUAACCUAACUAGCUCUACAGAAGAGACCGAACAUUUCAGGAUGACAGCAGCGCGUGGUCCUCAGUCCUCCUAUAAGAAGUAUUUUGGUGGGGAAAGGAACAUGAGCCACUCGUCCUCCUACCCCUCCAGCCGACAGCUGUACUCCAACCCGGUGGCGGUGCGCUCCUCUCGGGUCUCUUUCGGCCUGUCCUCCGCCACUCCGGGGGUCUACGCAACCAGGACCCAGCGGCUCCGCAGCAGCGCCCCGAUGCCCCGGCUGUCCUCCGAAACCCUGAACUUCUCUCUGUCCGACGCCGUGAACUCCGAGUUCAAGACCAACCGGACCAACGAGAAGGCUCAGAUGCAGUCGCUCAACGACCGCUUCGCGAGCUAUAUCGAGAAGGUCCGGUUCCUCGAGCAGCAGAAUAAGAUCCUGCAGGCAGAGCUCGAGCAGCUACGAGGGAAGGGCACGUCCCGAUCCCGCAUCGGGGACCUGUACGAGGACGAGAUGCGCGAGCUGCGGCGACAGGUGGACCAGCUGACGAACGAGAAGGCGCGAGUGGAAGUGCACCGGGACAACCUGUCUGAUGAUAUAGACAGGCUCAGAGAGAAACUGCAGGAGGAGAUGAUGCAGCGUGAGGAAUCUGAGAGUACCAUGCAGAGCUUCAGAGGGGUAGGACACAGCUUCAUACUACCACACAUCUUAGUUAAAGGGGAAGUUCACCCAUUUUUUUUAACAU